AUGUCCACUCUAUCUUUUCCCAACUACAAUGGAAUGGUACAACAAGUGGACACACACUUCUACUUUGUGGGGUUUGCUACCUGGAUCAACUAUGCCAUUCUCCUCUCUACUGUUUACUCUGUGGCCAUGCCAUGGUACCGAAAUCAAGCAGGUGGAGCAAAACCCUCACAAGAGGAGGAUUGCAUCUCUGCCCUGCCCAUUGAACGAGCUGCUGCUCUAGUGGCAUUCCUCGUACUAGUAUUCACAAUCCUCAUCUUUUACCUGCCACUGUUUGUGUACCCCGCCGCUGCAAGAACAGGAUUCCGAAAAAUAAGUGGAGUCGUUUUCACCGGAUUGGCCGUCGUUUCCACGGCUGCCACCUCCAAUGCCGUCAUGGCGUUUGCACCAGACCAAUACAAUCCCAUUCUCAUUGAUCCAAUCACACACAGUCGAGUACACAUACUACGAUGGGUAGAAUGGACCGUCAUGGCCGGAACCAUGAUGUUCCUCGUAGAAGCAUGCGAUGUACCCGAUCAUGCCACACAAAAUGCCUCACAAAUACUACAGUGGGCAUACACACAUGGCGCGCUACAAGCCGCAGCAACCUUGAUGGGGUUGCUUUUGCCCUUUGCUCAGAACACUACCCAGUGGGCCAUCAUCUUGAUCAUUGCCUGUGUCAUCUACUUUGUCAUGAUGUUCAAACGAUUAAGGGCAAAAUACCAACGGUUCAAACUACUACAAAAGGGAUCCAGGCUCGAUGAACUCGAAAUCUAUCACCGAGCCAAAAUUGCACUCCAACUACUCGUCACGUGUGCCUGUGGAUGGUCCAGUCUCGUCGCUUGUUACCUCAUAUUCUCAUGGUGGGCGCCCAUAUGGGCCGCCAAGACGGACAACAACGAUGGUUCUUCCAUCAUAGCUCAUCCCGCCACUCCCAUGAUUGUCGAAUGCUUCUUAGAUGUGGUACUCAAGAGUUUCUACAACUUUUACGUCAUUUCCAUACACGAACAUGUAUUCGACGAAGAAGCAAGAUCCAAGCGACGCUUGGAAGAACUAAGACAGUCCAUUUGGGCAAACUCAUCCGAUAUUCUCGCUCUGUCGGUACGGUCGCUUUCGGGAGUCGUCACCACCACCGUCAGUCCCACCCUCUUUCGAAUGCUACGAGAAGGAAGAACCGCCAUACAGUACCAGUACGAGUAUCAAGAUCAGUUGGACGCAAUGGAUCAGUCGACCCUGCAAUACGGUCAACAACUGCAGGAGCAGGAACGGCAAAGAACCCGAGACGAAAAGGAACAAGAUAGAACCACUGGCAUGAGCUUUGAAAUGACACCCGACAACAUUCGAGAAUUGCUAUGGCACGCAGCCGUACCACAAUCCGCGUCAUCUCUUUCCCCGAAUGUCCAUCUCAAACCAGCACAGUACGAUUUUGCCGAUGCCUACACGGCAGGAUCCACCUCCACGGCAUCGUUGCCGUCGUUCAUUCGACAACCACCCGUCGCCAGGACCGAUCCGCAAAACUUGCUACCCGAAACAGUGAUUGGGCCACAGGAGAUGCAAGCACUGGCCACGCUCAUGGCGCGUUCCUGGCAAUGCGGAAGUAGGGACACCAUCCUCUCGCAGGAGUUGGUCUUGCGAAAGGUCGACAAUAAAAGCAAUAACGACGGCAACGACGAAAACAACCACAAGGAUCAGAGCGAAGGAACCCACACCAUUGUCAAUAAUGGCAAGAAUCCAUUUUCUCCUCGCCUGCAUCAGGAGGAACGACAUGGAAUCAAAACGCAAAGACAGGUCAAAGAAGUCGAAUCGAUUCCCUGUGAAGCACUCGUUACCCGGCUCGAUGACUCGGCACUCUUUGUGGUGGUACGAGAUAUCACUGAACGACACCGACGCUUCGAGGCAGAAAAGUUGGCGUUCUCCGAAAUGACUGCCAGAAUGAGAGAUUCCGAAGCAAAUCGUUUUACAAGACACGAAGUCAAGAAUGGAUUGCUGGCAUCAUUGGGUCUCUGUGAGGGAUUGACCGAUCUAAGCAACAAACAAAGCAAGACCACGGCAGCACUGGAACGGCUUACAAGAGCUUCUGCUGCCUGCAGUGGCGCUGCUUUGGGCGAUGCUGCUGGUGCCGCCACCAGCCUUGCGGAAUGUGCCGAAGACAUUCGAACGUUGGCAUCCACUCAAGAGAAUCUCAUGAGGGUUGUCAAAGAAAUGAACUCGACGCUCCAUGAAACUUUGGAAACUGUGUUAACAGAGGCCAUGGCCCGCGACUGCAUUCAUGGAGUAUAUCAACCUCAGCUCGAACCGGUGGGCGUUGUGAAGAUGCUUCGGGGGCUUGUCAAUCAGCGAGAGGGUAGUGCAGAACGAUUUCCCAUCACGACGGCUGGCACUUUCCCCCGCUUUCUCAUGUUGGAUCCACGUCUAUUUAAAUGCGUACAUCGCAACGCCUUGUCCAACGCAGCCAAAUAUGGGGCUAAAAAGAAGCCAAUUACCACACAGGUGUCCUACGAUCACGAAUCCAAAGUGUUUCGCAUGUCCGUCCGGAAUUUCCCGGGUGACCAUCACCCCAAACUAAAGGCUCUCGGCAGUGAUGGAGCCAUGAAGGUGUUUCAAAAGGGAAAACGUCUCCACUCGGCACUAGGUAGUGAGACAUCUGGCAUGGCAAGACACAGUGCUGGUGAUGGGGCUUGGAUUAUGCAACAAUGCUGCAACUGUGUACAGGGAGAAUGCUCGAUUGAAUUCUUGGAGGACUCCACCGUCUUUUCUUGCUGGUGGCCCGCCACAGUGUACGAGCCGAUGAUCCAAGACGACCAAGGAACAGACAUCACAGGAUCCGCAUUUCGGUUCCCCAAGGACACCUGGGGUAUUGCUCUCGACGAUUCCAAGAUUCAGCGCAAACUGAUGAAACGCUUCUUUCAUUUGGCCGGCAUAAAAGAAAGUCACACCCUGAUUCUAGGCGAAACAGCGACGGAUAUCUCCAACUUUGAUGAUUUCAUGGUUGACUUCGUCUCGAAUCAUCCAGACGACUACUUUUUGCUGGUUGUUGACGAGAAUCUCGAUGUUCCCAUGGAGGAUGUUUCCCUGAAGCACGCCACCUUUUCUGGUUCUUUGCUGGUGCAGAGUAUGCGGCAUCAGCUCCUACCUGAACAAGAGUGUCAAAUGUUAGCUUUGAUUCGCAGCGCCAACGACUCCAAGCACGAUAUCGCCGUUUACAAUUCUCGAGCACAUGGUUUCAUCCCGAAGCUUCCAGUGAACAAGGAACGUGUUCGAGAGACGUUGGCGAAACUCUGGAUGGAUCGAUUCUCGGUGAUCGAGUCGGCCACAAUCGGCAAGGACGGGGUACCGGUGUCUUGUUCUGCGGCCGAAUCAUUGACCAUAACAACGCACGCAGCGACAGCCGCUUCGGAUGACGACGACGAUGAUGACGACGACGACACUCUGUCAUCCGACGGAGGAUAUUCCGCCCCACUUGACGACAGCGCUCUGGUCCACAAUAUUCGAUCGGUGGACUACUGGAUUGCUUCCACCACUGAUGAUUCCCACUUGGAAAGGCGCUGGUCCGAAAUCUGGGAGCGGCUUCAUGCAUUCAAAGGCGAUCUGCUCUGCUUGACGGACGCGCCCCAGGCAGUUGACAUUGUAAGCAAGAUCAAUGAAAUGAGGGGAACCUGUCUGCCUGCAUCCUUCCAGUCGAAAUACAAGGAUCUACGACAACUGGUCAACGAGCUGGAAGAGUUUCAAUGA